GGGCGGGGAGGAGUCCUGGGCGGAGCAGGAGAGGCCGGGGCUGCCAGCGCCGCCGUCUCUGCACCGGGGACCCAGGAGCCGAGCCCGGGACUGGGGGUCCCUCGUGCCCGCAGCGUCCAUCGGCAGCGCGGAGCCGAGGUGGAGCUGGAGCCUCGUCCGCGGGGCUGGCCCCUCCCUGCCCGGUGCGGGGGGUAGCGCCGGGAUGAAGAGACGCACCGCCACCUGCUGGACGCUCCUCUUGCUGGCCGCCUUCUUCUGCGACAGCGUCACCUGCAAGGGUGGCCGGGGAGGGGCGAGGGGGGCGGCCCGUGGCCGGGGCAUGGCCCGCAGCCGGGCCAAGGCUGCCCCUCGCUACGGUUCCUCGGGAGCGGGGCUGCGGGUGGCGGCAGCGGCGGCGGCGGGUGCGGCGGCAGGCGUGGCAGCGGGAGCAGCCCACAGGAGGAUGAGGAUCUCUGGGGAGCUUGGUCCAGACGACAGCUCUGAGUUCCAGGAAGGCAACAGGACGGGCAGCAGCGUGUACAGCUACCGCUCGUGGACCUCGGCUGCCCAGGCCCAGGACACGGCGCACCUUGCUAUCUCCUUCUGCCUGGUGACUGGCUUCUUCCAGCUCCUUCCCCUGUAGGGGCCGGCGGCGCCUGGCCCACCGUCCCUGCGUCGGAGCCUGCAGAGCGGCACCUGCUAGGCCCGGGCAGCACCAGCCCUAUCCAGCUGUGUCUGCCCCAGCCCCCUGCAGGCCGAGCGGCUCUCCUGCCUGCCGCGGGGCCGGAGCAGCCUGCACUGCCCAGCGGACUGGAGCCGGAGCAGCUGCCAGCGAGGCAGCUGGGGCAGUGCCCCUGGGCCUGAUCCCCCUGGGGCUUUGCCCAUGGCUGUGGUGAGGGCAGGUGGUCCAGCCCCUGAGGCCCCCAGCAGGGGGACCUAGAGCAGCUGCUGUGGGUGGCGUGAGGUUGCCGGGCACUGCCAUCACUGCAGCUUGUGACGUCCUCACUCAUGCUGAUUGACAUGAACAACUCCCAAACCACCAGCUCUGCCAGCCUGUGCCAUGAGGGGCAGAACCUGGGCCCACAGGGUGGGGUGGGGCCAAGGUCCGCAGUCUGGGUAUGACCAUGUGUGCCAGCCCCCUGCCUUGGGGCCCCGCUCUCCUGCCAAGCUGGGGUAACAUGGAAGGGAGGCCGGAGCGGCCCUGUGUGUCCCGCGGGGGCUGUCGUGACGGCCGGCUGGGGUGAAGCUGCGUGGUGAGGGAAGCAGCUCCACCCUGAUGUCAGUGCCAAUGCGGAGCAGGAUCUCCUGGGGGAGGGGAAUGAGGGGGUGUGGGGAUCUGGGACUCUGGGCCAGCCUGUCCGAGCACAUUGAGGGCCAAAGCUGAGUGUGAAGCAGGAGUCAACCUCCUCCUGGCUUGAACCCCAGCCUCUGGCACUGACUCAGGCUGGUGAGGAUGGUGCCGAUUGAUUCCACAGAUGGAGGCAACGAUUAGAGCCAGCCACUCCCAAACCAGAGACGAGUCCUCUGGCUCCUUCACGCCCAAGGGCCCUCCUUGCCCAGCUGCCACCUCCUCAGCACUCCCAGGACACCCCCCCACCAUCCC